AUGAAGGGAGAGGGUUCUGUGAAGACGCAGGCAGAGAAGAGAGGGUCCUGUGAAGAGGCAGAUAAACGAUGUUCCCUCAUGGCUUGUCCACAGCACCGCUCCUGUGCCAGACUGGUUACCUUUCCCUUCAUAUCGACCUAUGAACGAGAGCCUCCUAGACUGGCUACCUUUCCCUUCAUAUCGACCUAUGAACGAGAGCCUCCUAGACUGGCUACCUUUCCCUUCAUAUCGACCUAUGAACGAGAGCCUCCUAGACUGGCUACCUUUCCCUUCAUAUCGACCUAUGAACGAGAGCCUCCUAGACUGGCUACCUUUCCCUUCAUAUCGACCUAUGAACGAGAGCCUCCUAGACUGGCUACCUUUCUCUUCAUAUCGACCUAUGAACGAGAGCCUCCUAGACUGGCUACCUUUCUCUUCAUAUCGACCUAUGAACGAGAGCCUCCUAGACUGGCUACCUUUCCCUUCAUAUCGACCUAUGAACGAGAGCCUCCUAGACUGGCUACCUUUCUCUUCAUAUCGACCUAUGAACGAGAGCCUCCUAGACUGGCUACCUUUCCCUUCAUAUUGACCUAUGAACGAGAGCCUCCUAGACUGGCUACCUUUCUCUUCAUAUCGACCUAUGAACGAGAGCCUCCUAGACUGGCUACCUUUCUCUUCAUAUCGACCUAUGAACGAGAGCCUCCUAGACUGGCUACCUUUCCCUUCAUAUCGACCUAUGAACGAGAGCCUCCUAGACUGGCUACCUUUCCCUUCAUAUCGACCUAUGAACGAGAGCCUCCUAGACUGGCUACCUUUCUCUUCAUAUCGACCUAUGAACGAGAGCCUCCUAGACUGGCUACCUUUCUCUUCAUAUCGACCUAUGAACGAGAGCCUCCUAGACUGGCUACCUUUCUCUUCAUAUCGACCUAUGAACGAGAGCCUCCUAGACUGGCUACCUUUCUCUUCAUAUCGACCUAUGAACGAGAGCCUCCUAGACUGGCUACCUUUCCCUUCAUAUCGACCUAUGAACGAGAGCCUCCUAGACUGGCUACCUUUCCCUUCAUAUCGACCUAUGAACGAGAGCCUCCUAGACUGGCUACCUUUCCCUUCAUAUCGACCUAUGAACGAGAGCCUCCUAGACUGGCUACCUUUCUCUUCAUAUCGACCUAUGAACGAGAGCCUCCUACACUGGCUACCUUUCUCUUCAUAUCGACCUAUGAACGAGAGCCUCCUAGACUGGCUACCUUUCUCUUCAUAUCGACCUAUGAACGAGAGCCUCCCAGACUGGCUACCUUUCUCUUCAUAUCGACCUAUGAACGAGAGCCUCCCAGACUGGCUACCUUUCUCUUCAUAUCGACCUAUGAACGAGAGCCUCCUAGACUGGCUACCUUUCCCUUCAUAUCGACCUAUGAACGAGAGCCUCCUAGACUGGCUACCUUUCUCUUCAUAUCGACCUAUGAACGAGAGCCUCCUAGACUGGCUACCUUUCCCUUCAUAUCGACCUAUGAACGAGAGCCUCCUAGACUGGCUACCUUUCUCUUCAUAUCGACCUAUGAACGAGAGCCUCCUAGACUGGCUACCUUUCCCUUCAUAUCGACCUAUGAACGAGAGCCUCCCAGACUGGCUACCUUUCUCUUCAUAUCGACCUAUGAACGAGAGCCUCCUAGACUGGCUACCUUUCCCUUCAUAUCGACCUAUGAACGAGAGCCUCCUAGACUGGCUACCUUCCCUUCAUAUCGACCUAUGAACGAGAGCCUCCUAGACUGGCUACCUUUCCCUUCAUAUCGACCUAUGAACGAGAGCCUCCUAGACUGGCUACCUUCCCUUCAUAUCGACCUAUGA